AUGGAGCCGGGCGAGCUACCGGCGGAUCUGACCGUCGCACACGCGGACCGCGUCGACGUGGUUGUCGACGACGCGCCGAGUCGCGCACCCGCUGACGUGGCGGCGAGGGAGUGCGAGUGGAGCGGCGAGGGCGGGCGGCGCGCGUGCGGCGACAGGGCGAGCGGCGAUCGCGCGUUCCAGUGGCUGCUAGCGCCCGUGUCGCCCGCACGGUUCUACGAGCAGUGGUGGGAGCGGCGCGUGGGCCUCGUGCUUCGCCCGCUCAGUAGGGAGUACUACGCGGGGUGGUUUGGGCGUGCUGACGUGGACAAGCUCUUGAGGGCGGGCGUGCUGCGCUAUGGCACCAACAUCGAUGUCGUGCGGUACAGUGCGGUGCACGGCGGUGCACGCGAGACGCUUAAUGGGGAGGGCGUGGCAGAUGCGGAGAGGGUGUGGGCGUUGUUUGAGAGCGGGUGCUCUCUGCGAGUGCUGCACCCGCAGCGCUGGAGUGACCACCUCUGGCUGCUGCUGGGCGCGCUGGAGCACCACUGGCAGGGCAACGUCGGGUGCAACGUGUACGUGACCCCCCCGGCAUCGCAGGGCUUCAGUCCGCACUACGACGACAUCGACGCCUUUGUGCUGCAGGUCGAGGGCUGCAAGCGCUGGCGCUGCUACCAGGGAGUUAAACGCCACCCGGGGGAUGACGACGACAGCGCAGGGGGAGAGGACGGGGAGGGAGAGGGGGAGGCAGCAGGGGAGGAGGGGUUGCUGCCGCGGUUUUCGAGUGGGGAUUUCGUGCAGCAGGAGCUGGUAGAGCCGCCCAUUCUGGACGUGGUGCUGCGCCCCGGCGACCUCCUGUACAUGCCGAGGGGCGUCAUACACCAGGCAGAGGCAGUGGACGACCAGCACUCGCUGCACCUCACCAUCUCCGCCUCACAGCGCAACACAAUGGCUGACUUCCUGCACCUUGCGCUGCCACGGGCCAUAGAGGUAGCAGCGGAGGAGCACGUGGUGCUGCGCCACAGCCUGCCGCGCGACCUCUUUGACUUCAUGGGCGUCAUGCACGCGCCGCCACUCCCCGACACCCACCCGCACCCCCUCACCAACGCUGACAGCGGCACCAGCCUCAAGGCAGCACCUGCAGCGGCGUCAGAGGCGGGUGGGGAUCCGCGGCGCGCGGCGUUCCUGCAGCGCGUGCAGCAGGCGGUGCAGCUGGUGGCUGCAUGCGGGCCCUGGGACUCUGCCGCUGACCAGAUGGCCUCCGCCUUCCUCCGCUCUCGCCUCCCCCCCUUCCGUGCCUCCCAGCUCUCUGCCUCUGCGCCCUCUGCUGCUCAGUCGGCCAUGGAGGGAGGGGGUGGGGGAGGCGGGAAGGGGGGUGGUGGAGCAGCGGGCAAAAGGCGAGGGGGGAAGGUGCAGAGGAAGUCGCGUGUGAGGGUGAGUGUGGAGGGGGGGUGUCGGUUGGUGGUGGAGGAUGGGGUAGCGGUGGUAUACCACAUGAUGGACAACCGGCGAGAGGUGCACAACCAGGGGGAGGAUUCAGGCGUGGAGCAAGGGGAGGAGCAAGGAGAGGUGGAAGAGGAGAAGGAUGACGGCGAGGAGACGAGAAUGUCACGAGGGGCGGAAGAGGGAGCUACCACGACAGACCAAGGGCAAGUCAAUCCGGGGGGUUCGGCAAUGUGCGUAGAAGACAAGGAGGAAGGGGAGGAGGAGGAUGAGGAUGAAGACGAGGAAGAAGGUUUGAGAGGGGAGGGGCGGUUGGAGUUUGAGUUGCAGUGGGCAGAGCUGCUGGAAGAGCUGGUGCAGCUGAAUGACAGCACUGUGCUGGGCCCACUGCUCAAACGCCUCGCUGCUGACUGGGAGGGGCCUGCGGCUGCUGCCACGGCUGCCAUGCUGAGUGUUGUGCAGGAGCUCGUGGACCAUGGGUUUCGACGCACCAUCCUGGUGCUGCCGUGUCUCCUCCUCGCCCUAUCACUCUGCGCCACCGCGCCUCUCGCUACCACGUCCCAAUCCACCCGAUCCCGUGCGCCCUCGCCCGUCGCCACGUGGCGCGCAGUGCGCGAGGUGCUUCCGCCGGCCGGGGGGCGCUGGCAAGCGCCGUGGAUGGGGGGAGGCGGAGGCGGCAGCGCAGCGGUGCACGGGCUGGGUCACCGCGCGCUGAGAGAGGGUAUAGAGCGGCAGUCCGCUCUCUACCACGCCGACGCGUCGCACAGGGCACGCCGCCGCCUGCUCGCGGCGCACGCGCCCGCCGCCGCCGCCGUUGCGUCCGCCGUUCCGGGCGGUGGUAGUCCCGCGCGCCGCAGGCUAGGCGGAGGCGGAAGCAGCAGCAAGGGGGCGGAAAAGGCGGAGAAGAGCGGCAGCGCGAAGGACGUGGGGAAGUCGGCGCGCGACCCCAGCAGCAGCAACGGCGGGGGGGCGGGCGCAAAGGGCGCGGGGAGCUCGGCGCUGCUGGUGCCGGCGGGCGCGGGGAACGGGACGUCCAUUGUGCCGUACGGCAUGUGGGGCCUCGCGCUGCCCACCGGGUCGUACUACCUGAACGUGACGGUGGGCACGCCGGGGCAGGAGGUGGCGGUGGUGAUGGACACGGGCAGCAGCCUCAUGUGGCUGCCCUGCGACUGCAUCGACUGCGCCGCUGAUGACUCCCUCGCUGCGGCAGCGUACGAUUCGUCCAAGUCCCCCAACUCGUCCGUGGUGCCGUGCAGCAGCCCGCUCUGCCUCGCCGACUACACCUUCGGCUGCAACCGCUUCAACGCCCCCGCCCCGCCCCCCGCCGCCUCCCCCGGCCUGCUGGGGGGGCUCCUGGGCGGGGGCGCGGCGGAGGGGAGUGCGGGGGAGGGCGGGGCGGAGGGCGCGGAUGGGGAGUGCGAGUUUGUGUACUCGUACGCGGACAACAGCAGCACGAGCGGGCGCGUGAUGAUAGACACUCUCGACCUGCCCACUGUGGCCGAUGGCAUGGUCAAGGACAAGAUGCUCUUCGGGUGCGGGCAGUACCAGGCGGGGAACCUAGCGAAGUCGAGCUACAUAUACGGGCUGAUGGGCAUGGGCGUGGGGCCCAUCUCGCCGCUGACGCAGCUGUACACGGCGGGGCACGUGCCGUUCGCCUUCGCCUUCUGCUUCGACUCCGCCAACGACACCGGCUCGCACCUCGUGCUCGGCCGCUCGCCCGGGCCCCCUGCGCUGCGCUCCACCACGCUCCUGCCCUCCCAGCGCCCGUUCUACUUCAUAGACGUGGUGCGCAUGACAGUGGACGGCGCCACGCUGCCCGGCAGCGAGAACCUCGCGCCCACCAACGCCACGCAGGGCACGGGGGGGGCGGGCGUCUCUGGCGGAGCGGGGGACACGGAGAGGGGCGGGGUGAUCGUGGACUCGGGCACCACGCUCACCAUCCUGCCCUCCGACCUCUACGCCUCCGUACUGCAGACUGUGUUUGCAGGGCAGGAGGUGUUCUUUGUGCCUGAGCUCAACCUCGACUGCAUCGUCCUCGGCUUCUUUGACGGUGCGCUACCAGCGUUCCCGGUGAUUCACAUGGAGAUGGCGGACGGGGCCGUGUGGAGCAUAUCCUCCUCCAACUACCUCAGCCGCUUCGACGAUGGGUUUGACCAGUACUACUGCGCCACCAUGAUGGCGGCGCCCGACAACUUCCCCGUCUCCGUCAUCAUUGGCGAGACAUGGGUACUGGACACAUAUAUCGCCAUUGACAUCGAGAAGAAGCAGCUCGGAUGGGCGCCUCUCAACUGUUCAUCGGGCGAGUACCUGACAUUCAACUACACGCGAGACCCCUUCGCCGACAUGACUUAUCUGCAGCCCCCCCCACCCACGGCCACCACUGCUCCGCCCUCCUCGGACUCGUUUCUGCCUGCGUGGGCCAACCCCCUCACCUCUGCAACCCCAGCACCCCCCUCCAACGACUCCUCCAACUCCUCCCCGCAUGCGCGUGCUGUGUCACUUGUGGGGUAUGUGCUCAAGGUUCAUUUCAGCUCUGCGUAA